AUGGCUUCCGAAGGAGAGCAGCCGGUGCGCGAUGUGAAGAACCACCUUCUGUUCGAGAUCGCGACAGAAGUAGCCCACCGAGUUGGUGGCAUCUAUUCCGUCAUCAAGUCGAAAGCGCCCGUAACGACCGCUGAGUAUGGCGACCGAUACUGCCUCAUUGGGCCUCUCAACCACCAAUCGGCUGCUGUAGAGGUUGAGGAGAUGGAGCCUACAUCACAAGCUAUUGCUGCCACCAUGGCGAGCAUGAAGGAGCGCGGCAUCCACAUUAUGUAUGGCCGCUGGCUCAUUGAGGGCGCACCCAGGGUGCUCCUCAUUGACACCAAGACUGCCUACGGUUAUCUGAACGAGUGGAAGGCAGAUCUUUGGAACGCUGCCAGCAUCCCCAGUCCACCUGGCGAUGACGAGACCAAUGAGGCCAUUGUCUUUGGCUACCUUGUAGCAUGGUUCCUCGGCGAGUUUGUGUGCCAGGAGAAGGAGAAGGCAGUCAUUGCCCAUUUCCACGAGUGGCUUGCUGGUGUAGCUUUGCCUCUCACCAAGAGGCGCAAGAUCGAUGUUACCACCAUCUUCACAACCCACGCCACCCUCCUCGGCCGAUACCUUUGCGCCGGUUCCGUUGAUUUCUACAACAACUUGCAGUAUUUCGAUGUCGACGCCGAAGCUGGCAAGCGCGGCAUCUACCACCGUUACUGCAUAGAACGUGCGGCCACACACGCCUGUGAUGUCUUUACCACGGUCUCUCACAUUACGGCGUACGAGUCCGAGCAUCUUCUCAAGCGCAAGCCCGAUGGUGUGCUCCCUAACGGUCUCAACGUGACCAAGUUCUCAGCUGUACACGAGUUCCAGAACCUUCACCAGCAAGCCAAGGAAAAGAUCCAUGACUUUGUUCGCGGGCACUUCUACGGCCACUACGAUUUCGAACCCGACAACACACUUUACGUCUUCACCGCCGGUCGAUAUGAAUACCGCAACAAGGGUGUCGACAUGUUCGUUGAGUCACUGGCCCGCCUGAACCACCGACUGAAGGCGGCUGGCAGCAAGAUGACUGUGGUUGCUUUCAUCAUCAUGCCCGCGCAGACCACCUCACUCACGGUGGAGGCUCUCAAGGGACAGGCCGUCAUCAAGUCGCUGAGGGAUACUACGCACGUAAUCGAGCAGAGCAUCGGUCGCCGCAUCUUCGAGCGGUCCUUGAAGUGGCACGAGGGCGAGCCCCUUCCUGAUGAGAAGGAGCUCAUCUCCCCACAGGACCGUAUCCUUUUGCGUCGCCGUCUCUUCGCCAUGAAGAGGCAUGGUCUCCCUCCUAUUGUUACCCAUAACAUGGUCAACGAUCACGAGGAUCCCAUCCUCAACCAGAUCCGGCGAGUCGAGCUUUUCAACCACCCCUCUGAUCGGGUCAAGGUUGUGUUCCAUCCCGAGUUCUUGAAUUCUGCCAACCCCGUCCUGCCCCUUGAUUAUGACGAUUUCGUACGUGGUUGCCACAUGGGCAUCUUCGCAUCCUACUACGAGCCAUGGGGCUACACCCCUGCGGAGUGCACUGUUAUGGGCGUCCCCAGCAUCACAAGCAACCUCUCCGGUUUCGGAUGCUACAUGGAGGAGCUGAUCGAGAACUCGAGCGACUACGGUAUCUACAUUGUCGACCGCCGGACCAAGGGUGUGGAUGACUCUGUCAACCAGCUCACCUCGUACAUGAUGGACUUUUGCAACAAGAGCCGCCGACAGAGAAUCAACCAGAGGAACCGCACCGAGCGCCUCAGCGACCUCCUGGACUGGAAGCGCAUGGGCAUGGAGUACGUCAAGGCCCGCCAGCUGGCCCUGCGCCGCGCCUACCCCACGUCCUUCAGUGGCGACGAGGAGGACGAGGAAGGCUUCUUCAGCGGUACCGAUGUCAAGAUCUCGCGACCCUUCUCCGUGCCCGGGUCGCCGCGUGACCGCACUGGUAUGAUGACGCCUGGCGACUUUGCCAGUCUCCAGGAGGGACGCGAGGGCUUGAACACGGAGGAUUAUGUCGCUUGGAAACUGCCUGCCGAGGAGGAUCCCGACGAGUACCCCUUCCCGCUUACUCUGCGGACGAAGCAGCAGCAGCAGCAGCAGCAGCAGCCUCCCGGCUCAGGCCAGCCACAACAAUCUGCUGGAGCCCCAAUCAACGGCAGUUAA